AUGCGUCUCCUCAAGACUACAAAGUCCAACGUGGGCGCCUUCGAGAUUGAAGAGUUCGCGGACGACCAACUCCAGAAUCAACCCUAUGCAAUCCUGUCUCAUACUUGGGGUUCAGACGAGGUUACCCUGCAAAAUAUCAAUGAACCCAUCAUAAAGUCCAGGGUGGGCUAUAGAAAGGUUGAACAAUGUUGCUCAAUAGCCCACGAAAUGGGCGCAGAGCUAUCAGAGGCCAUUAAUUCCAUGUUCCUCUGGUACCAAGAAGCCACGAUAUGCUAUGCAUAUCUCUUUGACGUACCACAGGAACCAUUUGAACGGAGUAGAUGGUUUACUAGGGGAUGGACACUGCAAGAGCUAAUUGCUCCGCGGGAAAUGGUAUUCUAUGACGGGAACUGGAAGAAGCUAGGUGAUAAGGCGAGCCUUGGAACAAGAAUAUCUCGAUGCACUCGUAUACCCGAGAGUAUUCUUCUGGGUGAUCAAGAUCUUGAUACGUUUAGCAUCGCUCAGAGAAUGUCAUGGGCGGCAGAAAGACAGACAUCCAGAGUUGAGGAUCGUGCCUAUUGUCUGAUGGGGCUAUUUGGCGUCAAUAUGCCUCUGAUCUAUGGAGAAAGGGAAGGUGCCUUUAUUAGACUCCAGGAGGAAAUCCUUCGGAUCUCGGAAGACCACAGUCUUUUUGCUUGGAAAUCUUCGGAUACUCGCGCUGGACUUCUUGCUACAUCUCCUGCUGCCUUCAUUGACUCCUACGACAUUGUCCCCCAUGAUACUAUCAUCGGUGAGACAUCCGAUACUUUCUAUAGCCCUUUGAUUAUAAGCGGCAAAGGGAUUCAUUUAGACCUUUGCCAGAUAGGAUUGGAGCACGUUGGACUUGGACUUGCUGUUCUGCAGUGCAAGAAAGUCGAUGGGGGGUCUACAGCAGUCGCCAUCUUUGUGCAUGAUCCGUCCUUGACCUUGGAGCGAUUCAAGAGAGUUUAUUGUGGCAAUUUCCACCAUCUUGAUCUCAAAAGGUUCAAUAAGUCCCAACUUCGUAUGACAAGGAUGUGUAUCCAAGCUGGUCGCAUGACACGUUUGCAGAGGAUAGGAAGCUCCGAAGAAUACAAUAUGUCUUUGCCCAUCAAUAUCUACCCUAUCGCUACACUGGCGCGGGCCCUCAAUUGGAAUCACCCCCAGGUUGAUGUUCAUGUAUGGUUGAUGCUCACGCAGAGCCGACCUGAAUCAUCCUUGAAUAAGGUCUACAGUGGCCGGACGCCAUUAUCGUGGGCUGCUGAGAACGGCCUUGAGAAUUAUGCCAGGAGUCUGCUUAAGAGAGGUGCUGGCACCGAGGUGAAUGACAAGCUGUUUCAUUCGCCCCUUUGCUGGGCGUCUCUGAAUGGGCAUACUGCUGUAGUCAAGUUGCUGCUGGACAAGGGUGCUAGUACUAAGGCAGCUGGCCCGGAUGGCCGAACACCACUGAUGCAUUGCAGUUAUGCAGGGCAUGAGGAUAUUGCCAGUGUGCUGAUUGAUACUGGCGCUGAUAUUAACGCAGAGGAUCGGUAUGGUGAUGUACCACUGAUCCAUGCUAUCCUUGCCGAUAAUGUGUCUAUUGUAAAGAUACUAAUUGCGAAGGGCGCUGAUAUCAAUAUCAAAGGUGUCGGUGGCCGGAUACCACUGAUCCAUGCUAUCCUUGCCGAUAAUGUGUCUAUUGUAAAGAUACUAAUUGACAAGGGGGCUGAUAUAAAUGUCAAAUGUGCCAAUGGCCGGGUACCACUGAUUUAUGCCGUCCUUGCCCAUAAUGUGUCUAUU